UCAGUGCAUGAUGGGCGAAGGCCAGCUGUUGCGAUAGGAACAGCAUGGCGGCUCCUGUCACUCUUUCCUUAACUCAGCUUUCAAGUGGAAAUCCAGUAUAUGAGAAGUACUAUCGACAGGUUGAUCCAGCUAACUCUGGAAAAGUUUCAGCUUCAGAAGCAGCUGCCUUCUUGAAAAAGUCUGGUUUAACCGAUUUAACACUUGGGAAGGUUUGGGAUGUUGCUGAUUCAAAUGAGAAAGGAUACUUGAACAAACAGGAGUUCUUCAUUGCUUUAAGAUUGGUGGCCUGUGCACAAAAUGGACUGGAUGUCUCCCUCAGUAGCCUUACUUUAGCUGUACCUCCUCCAAAAUUUCAUGACACAAGUAGUCCCCUCCAUUUUAGUGGAACCUUACCUCGUGACAUCCCCUGGGCUGUUAAGGUGGAAGAGAAGGCAAAGUUUGAUGUCAUUUUUGACAGUUUGAAUCCUGUGAAUGGAGUGCUUUCAGGAGAGAAAGUCAAACCUGUGUUAAUAAACUCCAAGCUGCCUGUAGAUGUUUUAGGAAGGGUGUGGGAACUGAGUGACAUCGAUCGAGAUGGAUUUCUGGAUCGAGAUGAAUUUGCUGUUGCUAUGCAUCUGGUGUAUCGUGCCCUUGAGAAGGAGCAAGUGCCUUUGUCCUUACCCUAUUGUUUGGUGCCACUUUCCAAACGGAAGAAAAGUACUGCAAGUCCUGUGCCACUGCUGCCUUCCCCGCCUUCUGCAAAGGAACUUCGCCAAUCAGUGCCACCUGUUGCCACUUUGCCUCCUGUUGCUGCUAUGCCACCUAAGGAUCUGUUAGUACAGUGGGUUGUGUCACCAGCAGAAAAAGUAGAAUAUGAUAAGAUUUUCCUGACGGCUGACAAAGACAUGGAUGGAUUUGUUUCUGGAAUAGAGGUCAGGGAUAUCUUCAUAAAUACGGGAUUGCCUUCAUCUACACUAGCACAUAUAUGGUCACUGUGUGACACACAAAAAUGUGGAAAACUUUCCAAAGAACGGUUUGCUCUUGCACUAUAUCUUAUAAAUCAGAAGUUAAAACUCGGAAUUGAGCCACCCAGGGUUAUCUCACCAGAAAUGAUCCCUCCUACUGAAAAGGCUACUGCAGAAAAGAACACUGUAUCUUUCAGCUUAAUGACUGAUUUUUCUGCAAUCAAGGAGUUGGACUUCUUAAAUAAUGAGAUAGCUGAUUUGCAGAAGGAAAAGAGUAACGUUGAACAGGAGAUCAAAGAAAAGGAAGAGGCCGUAAGGGAGAGGGCCAGUGAGGUUCAUGAUCUUCAAGAUGAAAUUGAAAAGGAAACCAUCAAUUUGCAGAAACUGCAGUCCCAGCGACAAGAGGUGCAGGAUGUUCUCUGUGGCCUAGAUGAAAAGAAAGCUGUACUUGAGGAGCAGCUAAGUGAUGUCAGACAAAAAUGUACAGGUGAAUCCCAGUUGAUUUUGUCAUUAAAUGCUGAAAUAACAAGUCAAGACUCCAAGAUCUCUCAGUACACAGAAGAGCUGUUACGAGCUAGAGAAGAACUGAUCCUGAUGAAACAGGAGACGACAGAACUAGAAGAUCGACUUCAGAAAGGGAGGGCACAACUGGAUGCACUUCAGCAAUCCUUACAUGAUUCAAAGCAGGAGUUAAGUUUGGUAGAGAUGAAGCUGUUGGAGAUAAAAGAAUCUGAAAGUGAAGUUAGCAGGCGGCUGUCUUGGCGUAUGCAUCAUCAUCCUAAUGUGAUGGUGAAUGGUACUGCAGAUCGUAACAGCCUUAGCAACAGUGAUGGAGACUCUACUAACCUUAGUGAGAAUGUGGAGAAUGAAUUUCCAGUGGACAGUAUGCACGUUAACUUUGAAGAUACAGUAAAAAGAGAAAGUCCAGAUGGAUCACAGAAAAAUGUAGUAACUGACAGUACAGAGCCUGUAAAUGAAGAAAACCUCUACACAUCCUUCACUGUGCAAGAGGAGUUCCUCGAGAAAAAGCCACAAGAACCAUCACAACCUGUAACGGAUGCAAAUUUAGUCUUCUUUCAGUCAGAUCCUUUUACAGGAAAUGAUCCUUUCAAGGAUGAUCCCUUUGAAAAAGUUGAUCCUUUUGGAGGUGAUCCGUUUAAAGGCACAGACCCAUUUGCUGUUGCAGCUAGUACUGAAGAUGAUGAUGACUUCUUCAAACAGUCUUCCACUGAUCCAUUUGCCUUAUCAAGCACUGAUCCUUUUGGGGCUGUAGUGUCAUCCGGUGAUGUAAAUUCAGUAGAUACCAUGAAGAGCAAUGAUCCUUUUGCUCCAGGAGGUACUGUGGUUGCAGCAGCUACCGAUACUGCUGCUGAUCCCUUUGCGUCUUUCUUUGGAAAUGAACCAUUUGGGAGUGAUUUUGCAGACUUCAGCUCAUUAGCAAAGCCCAGCAGUGCAGAUCUGUUUUCUGCUACACUAACGAAUUCUAUGGAUAAUGCAUUCAGCAGUAAAAAUGUGUUUGAAGAAGACCCACAGAAAAACGAAGAUGUUCCCCCAGCACUUCCACCUAAGACUGGAACUCUGACAAGACCUCCACCACCUCCACCUGGAAAGCUGUCUUCUGUUAUCAAGUCAGAAUCUUCAGAUUCUUUUAAGCAUAAGGAACUCUUCCAGGAGUUAAGUUCAGGAAGCUCUUUGCAGAAAGAAUCGCUACCAGACUGGAAUCAGGAUCCCUUUGCACCUACUCCUCCCAGCAAAGAAGCAAGGGACGCAGGAAACUUUGCCGACUUUGCUUCUUACCCCACUGAAGAAGAUAUGAUAGAAUGGGCAAAAAGAGAAAGUGAGCGAGAGGAAAAAGAGAGGCUGGCAAGAUUGACUCAAGAGCAAGAGGAAUUAGAACUAGCCAUAGCACUGAGUAAAUCUGAGCUGUCAGAGUCUUGAAAACAAGAGAGCAUUACUGAUGCAGUGAUAUAUCCCUGUGUUUGCUUGAAUAAUGACAUUUAUUUGAAGUAUUUUCUCAAUUUUAGGCCCUCAAGGUACAUCUUUUAAUAAACAGCAUUGCCAUGUUUAUAUAGCCAUAAGCACGUAAUGUUUGAAUAUGUCUUGCAGCCUGGUGUAGAGGGGAAAGCACCAUGAUACUUUGACAGCCAGGUUUUUCAAAGCCAUGAACUGUGUUAUAUGACUGCAGUUUUAGAAGACUGUUUUGUGAUCCGCUUGGAGUUAUCAUUAUUGAACAACUGUGCUUAUACAGCAGAAAAUCAGUAUUUCAGUUGCUGCAUUUUAGUUUGGUUGUAAGCUGGUGAUGCUGUUUUUACUUGAGUUCUUUGAAAUGAAACUGUGUGUUUGUGCAAUGCACCUAAGAAGUUCUAAAUUAAUUGGUCAAGAGAGUUUAUUGUAUAUUUGACUGGAAACUGAGACAUUGUGUUUUAUGAUAUUGAAAGUACUGGAACUACAAUUGACUCUCUAGUGGAAUUCAUUUAUGUACACAUAUGUGUGUCUAGUAUGUAUGUGUCUAAUAUAUAUAUGUAUUAUAAAUACAUUUUUAUUGAAGAACAUAAAAUAUGGCGUGCAUAUGGUGCGUUCAGAAUGUUUUGUUUUGGUAUCUUCUCAGAAAUGUGCAGAUGUUUUGCAAACUGUAUAAACUGAACUAUACACUGUCAGCUUACACAGCAGUGUUCUGCUCUGUUUCUGAAUCUUUCAAUGUUAAUAAUUGGCCAAAUUUCUGAAAGUUUCCUUUGUUUUUGAUGUUUUCAUUCUUGCUGGUCGUGAAGCAAAGUUUGAAUCAUGAAGCUGUUUAGAUUCUGUUUCUUCUAGAGACAUCCUCCUGUUUUUCAUGAAAGGAAUUAUUAGACCUUCCAUGCAGUAGUGAACUUUUAUAAGAAAGUCGAAUUGAAAACUGAACUUGAAGUUUACAAAGUGACUGUAGAAGAUCUUCUUAAUAUACCAGUAUACCUUUUGCCAUUUGCAACAUUUUGCCUUCUAGCAGCAAAUGGCCUGUAUUAUUAAAAGAUUACCUUUCAGUGGCACUUCAGACUUACUCUCAAGCUAAAAAUCAUUAAAAUGCUAGAAGUUCCCUUUUGAGCCAUAAAAUGGAUAGGGCAUUUAAGAAGACAUCUUUUACCUUCUGACAUGUAACAUUUUAAGGUGAUAAACAUUAUGGUGUCUCAUGUCCAGUGCAUUGGAAAUACCUUAUAAACCCUGUAGUAAUUUAUUUUUGUGUUUUAAGUAAUUAUUUAAAUUAGAGCUCAUCUUUUGACCUUUUCCAGUGCAAUGUCUCGCUGAGAAUCAGAAUUUGAGCAGUCAUCCUGAAAAAGGAAAGUUCAAAACACAAUGUCAUUGUUUACAUGUAUUUUUACAUAUAGCACUAUAAUUGUAUUUGUAACUUUUUGUAAUAGGAUGUUUGUUUCACUCUUGCCAGCCUUGCACUCAUGAAGAACAUCCAUCAGAUUCUGUGUUGCACUGCAUUAAAAAAAUGUGGAAUUAAAGAAAAGAACAGGAUUGCUGAGCAUUUUUCUCUUUGCAUGCAUACUGUACAGACCAAGCAGCACUGCAGCCCAGUGUAUAUAAUUUAUUUUGUUCAUUAUUCAUUUUAAAUCGUUACAUAUUUCAGUUUGAAAUUCUUUAAAACACUGUUGUCAAUUAUGUUUAAUAUAUAUCCUAAAAUGUUUUUUUUAAGAAGGCCACUGCUGUAAGUUAAGCUGCUAUAUACUUUAUGAUUUUUUAACCAACCUUUUUAACUGUUGCAGGUGAGACUUUUUGUUAUGGUAUCAUUUUAUUGUUAAAAUGUUAACUAUAACUUGUAAUUAAAAUAAAAUAUAAAUACAUUAAUAAAAUUA